CAAAGUUGAGCCGUCAUGUCUGACACCUGACUUUUUAUGUUCCUUCCACAAAUUAUUCAUAGUUGGAUAUUAUUUAUAUUCUAAAACUCACAAUUUACUCGACAUAUCGAUAGCCAGACAAAUAUUAAAUCAAUCUGGUGGUUAAAAAUGUACGUUGAGCACAUUCAAGGAGCCUUACGUCUGCACUUCAGCUGAGCUGUCAGUACAUUCGGGGCUUCUUUAGCGGUCGAGUCCCAUUUAUCAUAACUGGAUAAUAUGUUAACAUGGCUGUGCAACCUGACUCUGGAGGUAAAGAUGACGUGAAGACCCAGUUCGUGACGAGAGAAGGGACGUACCGCUUGAUGACUUUGUCGGAAUACUCCAGACCUAAUCGGGUGGGUUACACAAGUGGUUCAGGGUCUUCACAUGUUCGUGUUUCGCUGGUCUCGCUUCCGCCGGGGCCGGAGGGCGGCGCGCCCGGUUCCGACGGCCAAGGCUCUGAUGACAGGAUAUGUUUUAAUCAUGGCAAGGAACUGUAUGUUUAUGUAUACAGAGGAGUUAAAAAGGCGGCAGAUCUCACAAAACCAGUGGACAAGAAGAUGUACAAAGGCACCAACCCAACAUGUCAUGAUUUCAACACGGUCACGAUGACGGCGGACAGUGUCUCGUUAGUUAUAGGAUUUUCUACUGGCCAAAUUCAACUCAUAGACCCUAUUAAGAAAGAAUUAAGUAAAUUAUACAAUGAAGAGAGACUGAUUGACAAGACAAAAGUUACAUGCAUCAAAUGGGUUCCCGGGUCCAGCAACUUGUUCAUCACAUCACAUGCCUCCGGACAACUUUAUGUCUACAACGAGGAGCUGACAUGUGGGACCACAGCACCACACUACCAGCUCUUCAAGCAAGGAGAUGGUUACUCAAUACAUACAUGCAGAACUAAGUCAACAAGGAAUCCUCUUUACAGGUGGAUCAUAGGCGCAGAAGGUAGCUGUAUAAACGAAUUCGCCUUCUCUCCAUGCGGAACGAAUUUAGCUGUUGUUUCACAAGAUGGCUUCCUCAGAGUAUUCCAUUACGACACUAUGGAGCUGAUCGGCAGAGCGAGGUCCUACUUCGGUGGGUUCCUAUGCGUCUGCUGGUCUCCGGACGGGAAGUAUGUUGUAGUCGGAGGAGAAGAUGACUUAGUGACUGUCUGGUCGUUUAGUGAAAGAAGAGUUGUCGCGAGAGGACAAGGACACAGGUCGUGGGUCUCUGUCGUCGCCUUUGACCCCUAUGUAGUCAGCUUCACAGACCCAGAGAGCGAGGAGAGUGUCGAAGAUGACAGACAGAAAAGUGAAAGUGUGCAGUGUUAUAGGUUAGGUAGUGUAUCACAAGACACACAGUUGUGUUUGUGGGAUCUUACGGAAGAUGUGCUCAGGCCGCCGGUGAGGGCGCGAGCGUCGACGCAUCUGUCUCCUAAUAGUCAAACAUUCUCACCCAAUGGCGUUCCGGGGGUCAAGAUACCAGCGCCAAAAGGGACGAAAACAAAUAAAAUAGGUCACAAACACGCCGAAUUGAGCGGUCAGACGAACAGUUCGGGCGAGCCGUCCGGGGCGAAGGCUAAAACGAAAGUUAACAACGUGUCUACGUUGAACAUCAGCGUCGGGAAGGCGAAAGAGGAGAAUUCUGGUUCUCUAGGAGUGAAUUCUCUGACGCAGCGGCUGGCCGGAUUUUCCUUCGGGGACCGUCGGUCGGAGCACCGGCGGAACUUCAGUUUGACGUCGAAGCCCGAGCAGAAGACUUCGGCGUCGAACACGGUCGCUUUGCGCGGGAAAUCCGCGGGUGCGCCGGCCGGGGACACCUAUGACCCUGUGAAAUUGAUAGGCACGCCGUCGUGUCCGAGAUUCGACGAAUGCCCCGUGUUGGAGCCGCUCGUCUGUAAAAAGAUAGCGCACGAAAGAUUGACAGCUUUAUUGUUCCGUUCGGAGUACUUCGUGACGGCGUGCGCGGACGGCUGCGUGAACACGUGGGCCCGGCCCGCGCGCCCGCGCGACUAGUGGCCUUCGCUGAUAAUAUUGGAGCCCGCACUCCCAAUAACUUUUUGAUGCAAGGCACAUAUCUUGCUAUCUCUUUCAUCUGUGACCCGGCCUCUAUGUAUUUGGAGUACUUGCGAUGUAUAUACUCUGUGAAAGGUAUAACUACAUAUAUACCACAUAGGUAUAUCAUUGUACUGUGUUUUCACCAGGCAAGGAGAGGUCGGGCCACACAUAAAAGACACAGCAAUAUAUGUGCUUUGCAUCAAUAAGUUCUUAGCAGUGUGAGCUCCAUUAUUAUCUCUAGGUUCAUGAUUGACAGCUGUCCGAUACGCAUUAACACUUUGACUGCUAAAAAAGCACGCUGCGUGUUUUCACUGCCGCGAAUUGGCAGCAGUCAACGUGUGACGUCUAUUUUGGAUGAUAAACAACGAAAUUAUGGCACAGCCUGUAGUUUCCGAGAUUAUAACCCAAAAUAUUUUAACCCUUUGAUCCUUUAGUGUCAAAGUAUAUCCCAAAUAGACCUUAAUGUGUAUCGACUUCGAAAUUGUUGACAUUGUGUUUUUAUACAGAUAAAAGCAAAAUCGAGUCUGAUAAUGUGACAUAUUUUU